AUGUCCGAUACCCCCAUCCCCAUCACGACGCAACAAGCCCAGUCCGGCAUCUCGCGCGACCUGCGCAACAACAUCUACUCGGCCCUGCUCGCGGGACCCGGCAUCCGCAACAUCGAAGCCACGCUCGACGAGUCGCUGCGCUCGUCGGGCUUCAAGGACGCCCUCCGAGCCUACAUUACCGAGCUCUUCCGCUCGGGCCAGGCCACCACGUGCGAAGAGGCUAGGAACCUCGCUAUGCAGCGUAUCCGCGAGCACACGCGUCAGUUGGACGGCAGCAGCAGUAGUAGUAGCAACAUCAAGCAGUCGCAAUCCGCUACAAACGGUCUAAGCGACGAUCAACUCAACGGCGCUGACGGAGCCACAGACGACGCCCUGGAAUUCGAUCUUAAAAUCCCCAAAACAGCAAUUGAUGCUGGCGCCAAGAGUGUGAUGAAAGAGUUGGAGAAGGUGUGUGAGAUUACGUAUGAGGAUGAUAAGUGA